AUGCACUAUCUAGGUAAUAAGUACAGAUAAAAUACUAUCGCUAAGAUAGUUCUAGUUGGAACUAGUGAUACUAUCGUAGCUGCAUAGUACAAAGGCAAAGUUCUAACUGCAACGAUCUUCCUUGGAAUAUAUCUUUUAGCAGUAUCAGCAUUCACCUAUCUAGUAAUGAGAAAAACUACCAAAAAAUGGGUUACAAUUACUUACACUGUACUUCUCUUCAUCUGUCUUGGUAUCUUCGGAGGUAUUGCCUAUGUGGGUCCAACUGUUAGAGAUGAGACUGCUCAAGAGUUCUACACUCAGUGCAAACCAGAAAAUAUAACUAGCGAUCUUAAAAAAAUUGACGCUCUCUAUGUCACUGCUAACUCUCAACUUUGCACAGUUGCUUGCCCAUGUGAUGCAGAUUCAAAGGACUGGAAAAAUUACCAAUCAAGUGCCCUUGUCCUUCAAAAUUUACUCCCAACUUAGAGCAAAGAAGUAGUAACAUAACAAAUUGCAUAAAAAACUCUAAGCAACGUACUUAUGAUCACUGAUGAUAAAGGGGCUGACAAGUAUCCAGAAUGCAAAGCUGUUGAUGUUACACUAAAGGCUUUCAUGGCUGCAAACUUCAAUAACUCAGCUUAUACUCUUCAACAAGGCCUAGAUUUACUCGAUGCUGUCGAAGAUGACUUUGAAUGUGCAUCAAUGUGCUCAACAUCAAGAUACUUUGCAUUCUCCAAAGUUGGCCAUGGACCUCCAUCUCAAAAUUGCACCAGUGGAAUCAACAAAGUCAUGAACAAAGCAGCUAGUAUUACAUUCUGGUCUGGAUUAAUUUUUGGAAUUAUCACAUUUGUGGGUAUUGUACUCAGUUUCUUACUUAUUUUUCGCAAGAAACACGACAACGAAGAACCUCUACUUAAUCACUGA